UAUAUUUUUCUUUUAUUGAUCAUUUAUAUUUUAUUUUAUUUUAUGUGCUAUUUUCCGCUUUGAUUGAUAAUUUUCUACUUGGGUUGUGUUUGGCGUCACAAAGAUUGAUCAUCGAUGGGAAGCAGGGAGAGAGAUCGAGAGCUUCUUAUUCCUGCAACUGUUGAAGAUGGGGGACCCAAAUCUUCCUCUCUUGUUCCUUCAUCUGCUCAUCACUCUGGUAGAGAGGCAUUUUAUAAAGUGGUGAGGAGUUGGGCUUCCAAGAAGUUCAUGACCGGAUGUGUCAUCUUACUCCCGAUAGCCAUCACAUUUUACAUAACAUGGUGGUUCAUUUCAUUUGUGGAUGGAUUUUUCUCCCCAAUCUAUGCUCAACUUGGAAUGAAUAUCUUUGGCUUGGGUUUCAUCACUUCCAUAACCUUCAUCUUCUUAGUCGGUGUGUUUAUGUCUUCUUGGUUGGGAGCAUCCGUCCUUGGCCUUGGUGAAUGGUUCAUCAAGCGUAUGCCUCUCGUGAGCCAUAUCUAUUCAGCUUCUAAGCAAAUAAGUGCUGCAAUAUCACCCGACCAGAAUUCACAUGCCUUUAAGGAAGUGACCAUUGUAAGGCACCCGAGAGUUGGAGAAUAUGCCAUUGGUUUCAUUACUUCGACUGUAAUUCUUCGGAGUGGCAUUGGAGCAGAGGAGCUUUGCUGCGUUUAUAUCCCAACAAAUCACCUAUAUAUUGGAGAUAUAUUUCUUAUUAGUACUAAAGAUAUCAUCAGGCCCAACUUAUCAGUACGCGAAGCAAUAGAGAUUGUUGUUUCUGGUGGCAUGUCCAUUCCACAGGUAUUGUCUACUUUGGAUAUUCAGGCCACCAUCCCCUGAUGUACGCAUUCGACCGACCUUAACCUAAUUGCGGGUGUUGAGAUAUGUUGGGGAAAACACUCUCUCUCUCUCUCUCUCUUUCAUUUGAAACAGGGAUAAUGCAUUGUAUAUAAUUUGGGGAACAUUUUCUUAUUUAUUUAUGGAUAAAAAAAGUUAAUGCUGCCCCAUAUUUCAGUCUCUUGAUUCGAUGUAACUGCUACCAAAGGCAUGUUAAUGCACGUUUCUAUU